GUGGUUGCCACAGUGAUGAAAUGGAAGACGGUGACAGCAAUCUUUCUUUUGGUGGUUCUGUACCUGGUGGUGGGAGCAGCAGUCUUCAGAUCCCUGGAGCAGCCUCACGAAAGUGCCCAGCGUUUGGCCAUCCUGUCCCAGAAGCUGGAGUUCCUGUCCAGACACUCCUGUGUCAACCAGAGCCAGCUGGAGGAGCUGGUCAAGCAAGUUGUGUCUGCUAUCCGUUCAGGCGUAAACCCUGCAGGGACACUGACCAACCACAGCAGCCUUUGGGACCUGAGCUCUGCCUUUUUCUUUGCUGGGACUGUCAUCACAACCAUCGGUUUUGGGAACAUCUCUCCCCACACAGAAGGUGGGAGGAUCUUCUGCAUCAUCUAUGCACUGCUGGGGAUCCCCCUGUUUGGCUUUCUUUUGGCUGGAGUAGGAGAUCAGCUCGGCACCAUAUUUGGCAAAGGCAUCGCAAGAGUGGAGAAAAUGUUUGUGCAUUGGGACAUCAGUCAGACGAAGAUCCGGGUCAUCUCCACUCUGCUGUUCGUGCUGUUUGGCUGCCUGCUGUUUGUGGCGCUCCCAGCGGCCAUCUUUAAACACAUCGAGGGUUGGUCUGCGCUGGAGUCGCUCUACUUCGUGGUCAUCACCUUGACUACCAUAGGGUUUGGAGACUUUGUGGCAGGUGGUUCAGAAAUAGAGUACUUAGAUUACUACAAACCAGUUGUUUGGUUCUGGAUCCUGGUGGGACUAGCCUACUUUGCCGCCAUCCUCAGCAUGAUAGGAGACUGGCUCAGAGUAAUCUCCAAGAGGACGAAAGAAGAGGUAGGAGAGAUCCGGGCUCAUGCCGCAGAGUGGACGGCCAACGUCUCAGCGGAGUUCAAAGAAACCCGUCGACGCGUCAGCGUUGAGGUCUACGACAAGUUCCAGAGGGCCACAUCAAUAAAACGCAAGCUGUCCUCCGAACUGGGAUUCAGCCCCGGGCCCGAGGUCACUCUACCCAAGAGGGCCAACCUCAGCGAUGAGCAGGACAGGAGCGGGAGGGAGGCCGGGCUGCAGGGCCUGAUGACGCCGCUGGCUAGAAACGGCGGUUUGUUCAUGAACGGUUACGACCCCGAGAGAGGAGACAUCUCAGUCAUUGAACACCUCAAGUAGGGAGAGGACGGUCAACUCCUUUUCAAGACCUCUGUGAGCGGUGACCCGGUGACCCCUCUGCAGGAAGGUCUGCUCAAGAACUUUGGCAGCGGAGCACUUUCCAUCCCGCCGGUCGAACGAAGAGCGAAAAGAAAACGCACAGACUAUGAGGUAAUUAGUGUUACAUAUAUUGAGUGUCGUUAAGGUAAAUAUCAUUUAAAUCUUGGACCACGGUGAAGUUGACAUUAACCCUUCCCUGAAGGAUAAAUAAACAAACAUCUCCAACAUACUGUAACAUACAGUACUACAGCAGUAUCUGGUGACCCAAUAUGUCCAGGGGCCCUCUCUGUGUAAAAAGCACUCCAAUAUGUUAAAGUGUAACAACUUAGGAUACAUUUUACCACAAAGCUUUACAACUUAUGAUGCAGCUGUCGGCCGUUUGACUGCAGAAGGAUACUCGCGAUCACAAAAGGCUGUUAGCUGAAACAGUCAGUGAGUAUUCAUACACGUGAGAUGUGAUGAGAUUCUAAUUGUCAAAGUCACACAAGACAAACAAAGAUUGUGGGGGAGGUGUAUUUUGGGCUAAAUGGCAGGAGAUUGUGUUGUGAUGGCGGAGAUG